CAGCAGUGGGGAUAGCAGCAACGGACCACCAUACACACCUCCAUACGCGGCCGCGUCACGAAUCCCGGCCACACCCGGCAGAGAAGCCCCCAACACACCAGCGAAAGACGAAAUGGGUGUCACGCCCAGUUGGUUUAGGGAUGUGCUCGGUGCACAAACCCACAUUCUACAAGUUUAUGUGCACAGAACCGGGGGGGGCGGAGGGGUGGAAUGCCAAGGUCAUACGGCAAGGCAUAAAAUAUUGCGAGCUUGCCAUUGACACUGUCAUGCGCCGUGGUGAGCCAGUGACAUUGAUGGUUGAUGGUCGAUAUGACUCUGCCAGAGGCGCGCAGCAUUACACUGUCACCGCGAUGUAUUACGAGACUCGGCUUGUUGUAGGUGUUCACACUCUCCGUCUGAAGAUUGAAGGCAAGGCAUCGAAUGCGCUUGAGGUGCCAGCGCUCGUGCAACUUUUGCGAGGGCUGAUGGAGAAGGGGUUGAAUAUCCGGUGCGUUGUCUCAGAUGAUUGUGUUGCGCUGGGACCGCAGUUGCGAGCUAUGAACAUCGAGUGGCAAAAGGAUUGCCACCACAAAAUAAAAAACAUUCGCAAGCACUUCCACAGUAUGCUGCAACUGAAGGAAGCGAAGAAAGUGAGCAACCCGCACGAGUGUGUGUCUGAGGCACAGUUAAUGCAGUUCACGAACAAGCAGCUAAAGGAGGCGUUGGAGCAGCGUUUCGGACCUGACGUCCUCACACCCGCUGAGGAGCGGAUGAAGAAAUCGGAUUUCGUCGCUGUCGUCAUGCGAAAGAUCGAGGAGGGCGGAGACGCCGACAGUCUACACCGCGACAUCAUGUUGGUCGUCGAUCAUUGGGCUAGUGAUAAUUCGGGAUGUGUCGACGGUAGGGAGGUUCUGUGCGAGAAGGUCGGUGGGCGUGCACGAUUGCCUUUGUAUAGCCGCACGGACACGGUCUACGAGCUCGUUCUGCGUGUUCUCGAUAAACAAUGCAGCACUAACAUCACGUCGUACUACGUCGAGUUUCGACACACAUCGGCGGUGGAUACUUUUCAGGGCACCAUCAUCAUCGAUGCGAAGAACUCGGUGCAUUUCGAGAAGUCUUACUGUGCACGUUUGUCGAUCGCAGUGAUUCGGUGGAACAGUCGCUGCUGGCGUGACCCGGUCAGGUAUGUUGCUCGCAUUGCUGCGGGCACUUCCAUAUGUCCGAGACCAGGCUUCCGUCGACACUACGGUCACGAGGCGAUCGACUGUUGGGAGGACAGAUUGGCGGCGUCCGUGUUCGGUUCGGCUCAUCUUUCAGACUGGGUUCGAGAGCUUCUGCGACAGGAGGUUUGUCCUUAUGGAGCCAGGCCAUUGCCACGUGAUUUGUUCGUCAACGGUGGGGGCGACCCAAUGGAAGUCGUUGAUGAUGAUGCCUCAGGUUCCGACCAUAAGGCGGUGGGGGAGAACCGUGUUUUCAUCAUCGGUCACGUGGAGGACGAUGCGGUGCCUGCAUGCGAUGAUUGGGUCCAGACAUCGAGCUCUGAAUCUGAGGGUGACGAUAUAGAGUUGUUCAGCGUUUGACUGGUUGAAUGGCUUUAUCGUUGACCUGACAUUGCUCUGGUGAUCCGAAUUUCAUUGAGCAUG